CCCCAGGGAAGAGAGUUGGGCUCUGGCGGGCAGCUCCCCCUUGGGAUGACACAGCAGGCGGCUGAGGGAGAUGGCGAGCCUGGGUUCCCUCCUCCUGGUGGCCUCGCUCCUCCUUGGAAGCCCCGCGGCCCAGGGGGAGCACGGUGUGAUCCAUGUGGUGUCAGGGGCCUGGAGCAAAGACUACUGCAUCCUGUUCAGCUCUGACUAUGUCACCCUGCCCCGGGAACUGCGCCAUGCCCCACUCCUGCCCCUAUACGACGGCACCAAGGUAUCUUGGUGCCCAGGCGAGGACCCCUUCCACAAGGCCCAGACCAGCUUCUCCAGACCACAGUCCCUCCGCCACACCACUGCCAUGGCCAUGAGGGGCAACUGCAGCUUCUACGACAAGGGCUGGCUGGCUCAGGGCCAAGGAGCCCAUGGGCUGCUCAUCGUGAGCCGGCUCGGUGACCAGCAGUGUUGCGAUACCACCUCGGUGUCCCCGGACCUGCACCAGCCCCUGCCGGACCUCACCAUCCCUGUGGCUGUGCUUCGCUACACAGACAUGCUGGACAUCCUCAGGCACACACACGGGGCCGCCACUGUGCGUGUGGCCAUGUAUGCGCCCCCAGAGCCCGUCAUCGACUACAACCUGGUUGUCAUCUUCAUCCUGGCUGUGGGCACCGUGGCCGUGGGUGGCUACUGGGCUGGCACGAUGGAGGCUGCUUGGCUGCAGCGGCGACGGGCCCGACGAGGAGGAGGGGGGCCUGAUGGUCACCAUGAGCCACGGGCCGUGGCAGCCGAGGGAUCCGCAGGGGUCCCCGAGGACAAAGGCAAUGAAGACUGUCCAGUGGACUUCACAGUGGCCACUGCAGGUGCCGCAGUCACUAUGUCCUUCUCCAUCGUGGUCCUGCUCUACUUCUUCUACGACUACUUUGUCUACGUCAUGAUUGGGAUCUUUGGCCUGGGUGCCAGCACAGGCCUCUACAGUUGCCUGGUUCCCCUCACGCAACACCUGCCAUUGCGGGGAUACCAGCGGCCCCUCCCUGGCCACUGGGCCUACCUGCAGCUGCCCCAGCUGCUGCUAGCGGGCCUGUGCACCCUGGUAACUCUCCUCUGGGUCACCUACCGCAAUGAGGACCGCUGGGCAUGGCUUCUGCAGGACACGCUGGGCGUGGCUUACUGCAUCUUUGUCCUGCAGCGAGUGCGGCUGCCCACACUCAAGAACUGCACUUGCUUCCUGCUGACACUGCUGGCCUCUGAUGUCUUCUUUGUGUUCAUCACGCCCCUCUUCACCAAGACUGGCAAGAGCAUGAUGCUGGAGGUUGCCUCAGGCCCGGCAGAUUCCUCGAGCCACGAGAGGCUGCCCAUGAUGCUCAAAGUGCCCCGGCUGCGUGCCUCUGCCUUGACGCCAUGUGACCAGCCCUUCUCCAUCCUCGGCUUUGGUGAUAUCGUGGUCCCUGGCUUCCUGGUUGUCUACUGUCACCGCUUUGACGUGCACAUCCGCUCGCAUCAGGUCUACUUUGUAGCCUGCACCAUAGCCUACGCCGUGGGCCUGAUGGUCACCUUCUUGGCCAUGACUGUCAUGGAGAUGGGCCAGCCUGCCCUGCUCUACUUAGUGUCCAGUACCCUGCUCACCAGUCUGGCUGUGGCUGCCCGCCGCCAAGAGCUCACCCUCUUCUGGACUGGCCAGAGCAGACCUCAGGUGCCAGCUCAGCCUGUGGCAGGGGUCUGUGUUGUCCCUGAGAGUUGCUCCAAGCAGAGACAGGAGGGCAUAGCCAGUGAGUCUGAGUGGGCCGCUGACCAAAGGGCAGGGGACUUGGACAGCAGCUCUGGGGAAGACACAGUCGACGUGGCCACCUUAUCUGAAAAUGAAGCCACCAGUCAGGAGGGCCACAGUGAGAACUCGGAGGGCUGGAGCAAUGCCAACCUGGAUCCUGAUGACCUGUCUUCUGCCUCCUCCAGGGCUGCGGAGGAUCUGAGGCCACUGAUGCCGGCCGGUGGCCUUGUUGAUCCCACUGAUUCCACCACCCUCAGAGCUGGGCCACAUCCAUGCUCAGGCCCAGGCCCAGGAUGCCAGCCUACCCUGGAUAGGACUCCACAGGAGGAAGGGCUUGAAGGUAAAGAAGAGCAUGUCGACGCAGGCUCCCCUGUGAACCGCAGCCCCUGUGACCUGGGCCUGCGAAAGCGCUGGCACGACAUUGCAGAGCAAAGCCAUAUGUGUUGAAAAAGAUCGGGGCAUUAGAGAAACUCUGUACCUAGUUGAGGAGCCUCUUUGCUUGUUAGGAUUGUAAGAGGGCAGCAACCACAGAGUAAGUCUGUGCAAAGCUAGGGGGCUCUCUAAAAAUGUGUACCACUCCCAAACUGUGCAAAGGAGAAACAGGCUGAGAGAAGGCAUACGACUGGUACCAGUUUACCCAGGUCAGGAAUCGCUCGCAGAGCUCACUGGGCCUCUAUUCCCCCUCUCCCUACUUGCCCAGCCCCUCAAGCCAUUGAUUGCCCCAAUUCUGUAGUCUGGCAGGGAGUCCCUAACAUAUCCCUGAUACCACCCCAAGCCUUGUUGCCCAUCCUCUGCCCAUACUCAGGCCAAAUGGAACAGGGGU